AUGGGGACUAACACAAAAAUUACCCAGGUCGCCGCCGUGGCCCGGCAAAACGCAGGCGCUACCCCCAAAACCGGCCGCCCCAAGAAGCCCGUGGAGGAGCCAGCGGCGAGGGGACCCGAUGUGGACUCGCUGGGCUUCCAGGCCAUGGACCGCAACGUGCCGGGGCUGUCCCAUGUCAUCCUCCAGAAGCUCAACAUGAAGAGCUACGAGGACUACAAGUCUGCCAUGGACGGGAGGAAGAGCAGCAGCGAUUUUGGCAUCCGGACUUACUUUGACAUGUUCCAGAAGAUGGAAGACACCUUCAAGUUUUGCGCUGAGUGCAGGAAGCUCCCCGAUGCCCUCCCUGACCCCAAAAGCCUCCGGCGAUGCAAGAGGUAUAGGGCGGGGGGUGGUCUGAUGGCAUGGGGCUUGAUCCGUCCCCUCGCUUCCAGCCUGGUGUCUGGGGUGGUGAUGUUGGGGGUGGACGUUGUCGACGGACCCAUCAUGAGGCCGCCCCUGGCCACGCCGGCGCCUCGGGGAAGGAUCUAUCUCAGCAGCUACAAGGGGCUCUACCAUGACUUCUGGGAGAGCCACGUGGAGACCAAGCUGGCCGCCCGCCCCGACCUGGUGGUGGGCUUUCAUCCAGACGCUCACGAGCAGGAGCUGAAGUCCUCCCUGCAGAUCCUGGUGGAACUUGAGACGCACAUCAUGGGCUACGCUAUGGGUGCAGCCCCUCAACAUAAAUGCACCCCUGGAGAUGGGUGA